GUAUAUGGUGGAAGUUCUGUGAUGGGUUCAAUCACGCAACGAUAAGACAUCAAUUUUGGAUGCUGGGAAGGAAGAGUAUCAAGGCCAAUGGGGUCGACCCUCUCUCUCGCUCGUUUCCAUCCAAAGUGACAGAAUCUUCCUGAAAGUGAUACUUCAGGAAUACCAAGUGAGCAAUACUAGGCUCCAAGACGCCCUUUAAGAGCACAUCCGACCACCCAAGAGGAAUAUGAUGUUCCUGACAAGAGCGUUAGCUUAAAAACAAAACUUGAAGUGUCUCUUGGCUAUGGAGAUGAAGAUUUCCAGCAAAAGUGGAGGGACAAAGAGUGGGGCCCCAAACAGUGCCAACAGUGCAACGAGUGAAGGAGGAAUGUACGGACCAACGACCAAGAAUAAGCAAACCAAACAAGGUCCGGUCAGGACGAUUGUCUCCCCACCUCCAGUAGACAAUCCUGACCGGAAUGAAAAGAAGAUCAAUGUUCGUAAUCUUUUGGCAGCUGCGGCCACUCGUCAUCAGCCCGGGAAUCAGUCUCCCUCGAGGGUCAGUGUCACCAACGCCUUCGCCACCCAAACCUCUAAGAAUUCAGGGUCGAGCGCAAGGCCCUCCAGUGCUGUAUCGGAUCUUUUUCCCGAAUAUCAGAUCUCGAAUUCCGAUCGAUCCCGGAACAAUUCGCUUUCGCCUUCCACGGGAAUGCCUGUGAUCAGUCGAAAUGGCAGUGUGGCCUCGGCCUAUGGGUGCUUUAGCCUCCAAGUUCCCACCACUAACGGUGACCACAGCCCCUCCAGUGGCGGAGGCCAUUCAAUUUUGAACGGAGAUCUCCGUGGAUUGGAAUCCGGCUUCUCCAUGAACAGAUCUACCUCUGGAAACAAUGCCGGAGGAGGACGAGGAGGCGUGGGCGGUGGUGGCGCAGGUUUGGGCGGGAAGCAACCAAACUUAACACAUUCAAGUUCGUCUCCCCAAGAAAAAUGGAAAAGUUUCACUAGUUGUGUAUCUGCCAAACUGUGCUCUAUUCCUCUCAAAAAACUCUUCUUUGGCAUCAUAUUGAUGAGCUUGGUGACCGGGUCUUGGGUCGGGGCCACUCAUCUUCUCAAGUCUACUUACACCAGUCUUCAUGAGGAGAUUAUAUUUGGACUGACUAAUCACUCCUGGGAAGGUCCAACCAACCUCACUACUCGUCACCAUCUACACUAUACAUUCGAUGCUCCUUUGUUCACCACGUGGUUCUGCUCCAUGGGAACCAUAUUCUUUCUGCCUUUCUACCUGUCUUGUCAGAUGUGUUGCCGUGGCAACCCUGGAAUUUCCAACCAGACAAUGGACACGCACUCAAAGGAUGGCAAUGUCAGAGCACGCACAACUCCUAAAAUAGGGCGCAAUGGGGUCGCCAUGUCCGGCGCAAACAGUGGGAACAUGGCAGACGGUGCCACCAUUCUGAGGCCCAAGCGAGUGGGCGUGGCGAUCAUUCUAAAAGAAAGUAUUCAAAAUCUCAGAGAGAAAGGGUUCACUUUCGGCAAGUUUGUUGGGCGUUGCAGCCUUUUCAGCCUUUUGUGGAUGCUCACUAAUUAUCUCUACAUUUACUCGUUGCGCAUUUUGGGCUGCACCGAGGUCAUGGCACUCUUCGCCACCAACAUCUGCUUCAUCUAUCUGCUCUCUUGGGUCGUUCUUCACGAGCAAUUUGUCGGCAUUCGAAUCGUGGCUGUGAUAUUAGGAAACACUGGAAUCGCUCUCUUGGCGUACAUGGACGGUAUCAAUCAAACCCCGACUUUGGGAGCGGUGGUCUUGGCAGCAGCCGCCUCUGCUGGAUCAGCCAUUUACAGGGUGCUCUUCAAGCGUGUAAUGGGAGAAGUGACGUUUUGCCAAGUGGCCAUUUUCUUUUCCAUGAUUGGGCUGUGCACAACCACUUUAUUUUGGCCCCUCAUGCUCACAUUGGCUCUGACUGGAGUGGAAACAUUAGAUUGGGACAAUCUACCAUGGUUUCCGCUUAUUGGUUCUCUCGUGCUUUCAUUAGUUGCCAAUCUCCUUGCCAAUUUUGGUAUUGUAGUCACCUACGAGACUUUCAUUACUUUAGGACUCAUCUUGGCCGUUCCUGCAUGUGCCGCAUUGGAUAUCCAUUGGUAUGGAGCCACUUUUGAUGGGAUGAAACUGGCCGGAAUUGUGAUGAUUUGCUUGGGUUUUCUGAUUGUAUUAUUUCCAUCAAAUUGGCCGAAUUGUAUCCAUUCAAUUAUACGAUUGGGUCGACGAGGACAAAAGAAUCGGGAAAUGGGUCGGAAACCUCUCCCCGAUUUGCGGACUGGACAUCUGGGAUCCAGGUUGCGGUCCCCAUCAGGUCGAGUGAAAUGAAAACCAAUAAAGAAUGUCAACAACUGUUCAAAUAAGAAGCAUAAUGAAUAUUAUAAACUCUAUCUGAAUUGUGCCUGAUACGUAAGGAGAUAUGUAAUAGUCAACCUAGAUGACUGUCACCAUGUAAUGAUCGGAUCAAGUUCAACGACAUCAAGACAUAAGACUUUAGCCCAAGGAAAAGCUAAGGAAUAAAGAGACUGAGGUUGAAGUGA